AGAAGAAGAAGGAAAGACGGGAGGUUUGCUCUCCGAUCUCCGGGCUGCAGCUGCAUGAUGGAUGCGGAGCUAAGAAGAACCUUGUGGAUUUUGUUUCCGGUCCUGCUCGUCUCUUUUUCAAGAGGGACGUUUUCUGAAGAUGUUUGUGACAGCGCGUUGGUGUCCAAUCUGCCGCCGUCAGCCUUCCGCAGCUCUUCCCAGCUGUCCAGCAGUCACGCUCCGGUCUUCGCCAAACUCAACAGGCGAGACGGAGCAGGAGGCUGGUCUCCGCUCACUUCAAACUCGUAUCAGUGGCUAGAGGUGGACCUUGGACAGAGGACCAGGAUCACAGCGGUGGCCACGCAGGGUCGCUACGGCAGCUCUGAUUGGCUGACGUCCUACCUGUUGAUGUUCAGCGAUACGGGACACAACUGGAAGCAGUACCGGCUGGAGGACAGCAUCGGGUCUCUUACAGGCAACAGUAAUGCAGACAGUGUGGUUCUGUACAAGCUGCAGCAGCCGGCCAUCGCUCGCUUCCUCCGACUCAUUCCUCUGGGAUGGAACCCGAGCGGACGCAUCGGACUCCGGCUAGAGACGUACGGGUGUCCUUACAUUUAUGAGGUGAUGUCAUUGGACGGCAGCAGCGGUCUGGUGUACAGUUGGAGCGGCGGGCCGAGGCGAGCGUCCAAAGAGGAGGUCUCUGUGAACUUUAAGAGCCUGUGGAAUCGGGGCCCACUGUUGCAAGCUGACGGACCGUCUGGGCUGAGCCUCAGUCUGGAGCUGGAGGGAGGAAAAGUGUUGCUUCUGCUCCGAGAAGCCUGGACUUCCUUCCCCGGACCACGUCGUCUGGCCUCGCUGGGCAGCCUGCUGGACGACCAGCAGUGGCACCUAGUGGCCAUAGAGUGUCACGGCACUCGGUGCAAUCUGACCGUGGACCAGCACACAGAGACGGUGGAUCUGCCGCCAACUUUUGACAACUGGCACAUCCAGCAGCUGAGUGUGGGGGUGUUGCCCAAACCUGACCCCCCCAGUAGGAUGUUCGAAGGUUGCCUGGAGAACCUUCAGUACAACGACCAGAACCUGAUCGAACUGGCCAGACGCAGCGACCAUCAAGUGACGAUGACGGGCAAUGUCACCUUCGCUUGCACCGAGCCACUCUCCGUCGCCGUGACGUUCCCCGGGCCCCGCAGCUUCCUGCGGUUGCCGGGGGCAACGGGCCCCGUGCCUGGGGCGGUGACGGUGGACUUCCAGUUCAGGACGUGGAACGAGGCGGGGCUGCUGCUCACUUUUGAGCUGUCCCGGCAAGCGGGGGCGCUGUGGCUGUACCUGAGCGAGGGCCGGCUGAGGCUUCACGUUGAGAAGGCGGGCAGGGUGCUGCUGGAGAUCAGGGCAGGAUCUGCUCUCAAUGACGGUCAGUGGCAUUCAGUGGAGCUGAGGUCCAGACGAGGUCACCUGACCAUCAGCGUGGACAAAGACGAAGGCGGAAGUGGCGUCGCUCAUUCCAGCCCCUCCUUUCCUGUUGCCAUCGAGAAGGAUCUGUUCUUUGGUGGAUGUCCUGUGGAGGACGAGAAGCAGGAGUGCAGGAAUCCUUUUAGCAUCUUCCAGGGCUGCAUUCGACAGCUUCUCCUGGACCAGCAGCAUGUGGACCUCAUCCUGGUGCAACAACAGAAGCUGGGAAACUACAGCGACCUCCUGAUUGACAUGUGUGGCAUCAAUGACAGGUGUUCUCCCAGUCGCUGUGAGCACGGCGGCCGCUGCAGUCAAUCCUGGACUCACUUUCACUGCAACUGCAGCGACAGCGGCUACAGCGGCGCCACCUGCCACAGCUCGGUGUUUGAGCGGUCAUGUGAGGCAUACAAACACAACGGCAACACUUCUGGAUAUUUCUCCAUCGACGUGGACGGCAGCGGACCGCUUAAACCACAGCUGGUUUACUGCAACAUGACAGAGGAGGACACGUGGUUGGAGAUUCAUCACAACAACACGGAGCUGACCACGGUGAGGCAGUCCGGUGCGGAACAUCAACAUUUAGUUCGGCUGGACUAUAAAGCGAGCGAAGAGCAGCUGUCGGCCGUCACCCGCCAGUCGGAUCACUGUGAGCAGGAACUGUCCUACCACUGCAGGAAGUCCCGCCUCCUCAACACUCCUGAGGGCUCUCCGUUAAGCUGGUGGCUGGGCGGUGCCGGUCCGGGUCAACGACAGAAUUAUUGGGGCGGGGCCCAGCCAGGAAGCCAGCGGUGUGCAUGUGGCCAGCGGGGCAACUGUUUGGACCCACAACAUUACUGCAACUGUGACGCUGACAGCGCUGAGUGGACUGAAGACUCUGGGCUGCUCAGCAACAAAGAGAGCCUCCCUGUCAGGUCUCUGGUGCUGGGUGACGUCCAGAGGCCGGGCUCGGAGGCCGCCUAUAGGGUGGGGCCGCUGCGUUGCCAUGGAGACAAGAACUUCUGGAACGCCGCCUUUUUUGACAAGGAGACGUCCUACCUCCACUUCCCUACUUUCCACGGGGAGCUGAGCGCGGAGAUUUCCUUCAUGUUCAAAACCACCGCUCCCUUCGGCGUGUUCCUGGAAAACCUGGGCAUCCGAGACUUCAUCCGGAUCGAAAUGAGCUCUCCCACUCGGGUGGUUUUCUCCUUCGACGUGGGCAAUGGACCGCUGGAAGUGCACGUGGAGUCCAGUGCCCCGCUGAACGACGACCGGUGGCAUCAGGUUCGCGUGGAGCGCAACAUAAAGGAGGCGUCCCUGCGACUGGAUGCACUUCCUGCCGCCACAUUGGAGGCUCCUGCCGACGGACACGUUCACCUGCAGCUUAACAGCCAGCUCUUCAUCGGGGGCACGGCAUCCCGGCAAAAGGGCUUCCGGGGUUGCAUCCGCGCCCUGCAGCUCAACGGCGCCACCCUGGACCUGGAAGAGAGGGCCCGCAUCACACCCGGCGUCGGACCCGGCUGCCCGGGUCACUGCAGCAGCUACGGCCCCCUGUGCCGCAACCACGGGCGUUGUCUGGAGAGAAGCAACGGCUUCCGCUGCGACUGCGGCCCGUCGGCCUACGCCGGAGUCUUCUGUCACGCAGAAGUGUCAGCUGUUUUCAAGCCGACGACGUCUGUCCGCUACACCUUCAAAGAGUCCUACAAUUGGAGCAAGAACAUCAGCGCGCCGCCAUCCUCCAUCUUGUCUGACUUGAGCCCGAGGGCGGAGAACGUGUCCCUGAGCUUCAGGACCACCCAGAGUCCAGCUCUUCUGCUCUACGUGUCUUCGUCCCAGCGGGAGUACCUGGCCCUGCUGAUCAACAAGCACGAUAAGCUGGAGGUGCGCUACAAGCUACACGGCAGCAGAGAAGUAGAAGUGUUGAGGAGCAAAGCAAAGACUUUGGCUGACGGUCGUCUUCACACACUCAACAUGAGGAGAAUGACGGACGUCGUGUCUCUGCAGGUAGACCAAAACGCCAGAGAACACUUUAACCUGACGUCUGAUGGAGAAUUUAACGGCGUCAAGGCGCUGUUGCUGGGCAGAAUAAAGGAUCCGGGAGACGUGGAUCCAGACUUGAUCCGCUUGGCCUCCCUGGGCUUCAGCGGCUGUCUGUCGGUGGUGCGCUUCAACGCCGUCAGCCCCUUGAAAGACGCCCUGCUCCAGCCGCCCGGCGCCGGCCCCCACGCCUUCGUCAGCGGCCCGCUGCUCAGCUCCACUUGCGGAUCCACCAUGUCCAGCAACCCCUACGCGGCUCACGACACUCCACACCUGUCAGACCCGUCAGGUUCAGGCCAACCUUUAGUCAAUGCCAUCCGGACUGACUCGGCUCUGAUUGGAGGCGUCAUCGCCGUGGUCAUCUUCGUGAUGCUGGCCGGCCUGGCGGUCGCCGCCAAGCUCCUGUACCACAGGAAGGAGACCUAUCGGAACCAAGAAGUGAAAGACGCCAAUUGCGAGGACGGCCAGGACUUCGCGUUCAACCGCCAGACGGACUCCCAGAAUGCCACGGGGCAGAACCCGAAGGAGUAUUUCAUCUAGGAAGACGAAGAGUUCACGCAUGACAACUUCCCACUUGGACCUUUUCGUCUCUUUAAAGACCGAGUGAAAGUGACGACACGUGUAAAUAGUCACUUGUACAUAGGAACUUUUUUGUGUCUUUGUAUGAGCGCCAUCAAGUUAUUUUAUGAUCACCGCCAGACUUUGCAUCCAUUUCCCUAAAAUUCUAAAUUCUGAGACACGCAAAAGUCUUAGUCCAGGACAAACUUAAAGUGUUUGAAUGAGCUUUUACACUAUAAAUUAUUAUAUAUUCAUAGACACCGUAUUUCCUUGAAUUGCCUACGGGCCGCUAAUUAUUUUAAACCCUCUUCUCACUCCGGUGCUUACCAUGCGGUAAAUUUAGGCCUGCGCUUAUAAAUUUGAGUGUGAUGUAAGGAUAUCAUCAUGAAAAGCACAUUUAAUAUAAAAAACAUUAUUAUGGUCUUACCUUUACUUAUAAAUGAAGUCCAUGCGCAUCUCCUUCUGAUCAAAAGCAUCGAUAACUUGUUUAUAGAAGUCUUCCUUAUCUUUCUUCAGUUUUAAAAGUAUCUCUGUCUCGAUGGAGAUCUUCUUUUAUUACCUCCUGCUUCGAUUGAAAAUCCAGUUUAGAAAACAGUUUUAUUUUACAUAUCCUCCAUGUUAAAAGUGCAAGCGAGAGGAAAAAAUAAACAAUCGCUGCUCACUCUUGCUGCUUGUUGUCACUUCUUCUGCAGCCGAGUAGUCGCAAGAAGGAUCACUAGCGCCCUCUACCACCAGGAGGCGGGAGUCAUUUAAUGACUCAUAUUUGACACACGCAGCUACGGUAUAUUAAUAAAACAUAGCUGCUUACUGUUCUUUUUAGCAUAUUCAAUAGCUCUUAAUCUUCUUCCCUUUACGCGAUUUCAAAUUUUUGAAAUCAGCCUCCUUCAUUUUGAAAAUGAUGACAGGUGAAGUGUCACUCGUGACGUGACGAGUUUGACCCGUAGGAAAUUUUAGGCAUAUGCUAAUUAUUUUGUGAAACGAGUUUGACCCGGCGGAAAUCCUGAGCCGGCAGUAAUGCUAAGCACGCGCUAAUUAUUUUGCGAAAAGAGUUUGACCUGGCAGUAAUUCUAGGCAGGUGCAUACUGUAUACCCGGCGGCAAUUCAAGGAAAUACGUUAAUACAAUACACACUAAACACAAGGAUUUACUGCAGGGGUGUCCGAACACACACUUUGGUGUAUUUUGCACAUGAAAGACACAAUCAAUCCAUCCAUUCAUUUACUACCGCUUGUCCCUCCUGGGGUGGCAGCGGGUGCAGGAGCCUAUCUCAGCGGCAUUCGGGCAGAAGGCGGUGUACAGCCUGGACAAGUCGCCUCCUUAUCGCAGGGCCAACACAGAUAGACAGACAACAUUCACACCAUUUAGUGUUGACACAAUCCAAUGUAGGUCAAUAUACUUUAGUACAGGGGGUCCCCAAACUUACUGACUCGGGGGCCGCAUUGGGUUAAAACAAUUUGGCUGGGGGCCGGACCGUGUGUAUAUAUAGUCCUGGUCAAAAGUUUACAUACACUUGUAAAGAACAAUGUCAUAGCUGUCUUGAGUUUCAAAUAAUUUCUACAACUGUUAUUUUUUUGUGAUGGAGUGAUUGGAGCACAUACUUGUUGGUCACAAAAAACAUUCCUGAAGUUUGGUUCUUUUAUGAAUUUUUUAUGGGUCUACUGAAAAUGUGACUAAAUCUGCUGGGUCAAAAGUAUACAUACAGCCAGAGGUGGGGAGUAACGCACUACAUUUACUCUUUUACAUCUACUUGAGUAACUUUUGGGAUAAAUUGUACUUCUAAGAGUAGUUUUAAUGCAACAUACUUUUACUUUUACUUGAGUAUAUUUAUAGAGAAGAAACGCUACUUUUACUCCACUCCAUUCAGCUUGCUACUGAUUUUUAUCGAUCUGUUAAUGCACGUUUUGUUGGUUUUGUCAGACAGACCUUCAAAGUAGGAUCUAUCACAUGACUCCGUUUCACCAAUCAAAUGCAGUCACUGGUGACGUUUGACUCCGUUUCACCAAUCAAAUGCAGUCACUGGUGACGUUUGACUCCGUUUCACCAAUCAAAUGCAGUCACUGGUGACGUUUGACUCCGUUUCACCAAUCAAAUGCAGUCACUGGUGACGUUUGACUCCGUUUCACCAAUCAAAUGCAGUCACUGGUGACGUUUGACUCCCGUUUCACCAAUCAAAUUCAGUCACUGGUGACGUUUGACUCCCGUUUCACCAAUCAAAUGCAGUCACUGGUGACGUUUGACUCCCGUUUCACCAAUCAAAUCCAUUCACUGGUGACGUUUGACUCCGUUUCACCAAUCAAAUGGAGUCACUGGUGACGUUUGACUCCCGUUUCACCAAUCAAAUGCAGUCACUGGUGACGUUUGACUCCCGUUUCACCAAUCAAAUGCAGUCACUGGUGGCGUUUGACUCCGUUUCACAAAUCAAACAAAGCCAGGCGGUCACAUGAUUAACUGCACAUUUUUUUAUUAUUUUUUUUUAUAAAACUUUAUUUAUAAACUUCAACACUUACAAAUAGUUGAAAAUAAUAAUCAACGUAAGUACAAAAACAGUACAGAAGAGUAUAAAAACCGUACAAAACAGCGCCGGGGGUUAUAAAUUCUAAGUAACUAAAAUAGAAUGCAAAAAAGAUAUAUAUAUACAUAUAUAUAUAUAUACAUAUAUAUAUUAUAUAUAUAUAUAUAUAUAUAUAUAUAUAUAUAUAUAUAAAUAAUCAACAAGGUGCAAAGCCAUAGGCUCACUCAAUCUCAGUAAAUAACUUACCUUUGGAACACAGCAUCAUUGUUUUCACAGCUUUUAGGUUGUUAGAGUUAGAGUGUUUUAAUGUAGAGUUCUAAAUCUUUUUUAAUGGCACAAAAACAGGUCGGGUAUUGAGAAACUUACAUUUAUGAAUAUAAAACUUAGCCAAUAGUAUAAUGAGGUUGCAAAGAUAAAAUUCAUUUUCAAAUUGUUUUUCAAUACAGUGUAAAACCAAAAAUAUAUUAUUUAAUAUAUACUAUUGUUUUAGUUGCUUAAGAGAUAUUCCUGGCUCUGAAUUUGUUCAUUGCUAUUUUUAUCUUUUUGUGCAUUACUUGUUGCCGUCAUCAUUAAACAAACAGGUUACUCAUCAGUUACUCAGUACUUGAGUAGUUUUUUCACAACAUACUUUUUACUUUUACUCAAGUAAAUAUUUGGGUGACUACUCCUUACUUUUACUUGAGUAAUACAUCUCUAAAGUAACAGUACUCUUACUUGAGUACAAUUUCUGGCUACUCUACCCACCUCAGCAUACAGCAAUGUUAAUUUUUGGUCACAUGUCCCUUGGCAAGUUUUACUGGAAUAAGGCGCUUUUGGUAGCCAUCCACAAGCUUCUGGUUGAAUUUUUGACCACUCUUCUUGACAGAAUUGGUGCAGUUUAGCUAAAUUUGUUUAUUUUUCUGACAUGGACUUGUUUCUUCAGCAUUGUCCACACGUUUAAGUCAAGACUUUGGGAAGGCCAUUCUAAAACCUUCAUUCUAGCCUGAUUUAGCCAUUCUUUUACCACGUUUGACGUGUGUUUAGGGUCAUUGUCCUGUUGGAAAACCCAAGUGCGUCCAAGACCUGAUGAUUUUAGGUUGUCCUGAAGAAUUUAGAGGUAAUCCUCCUUUUUCAUUGUCACAUUUACUCUCCGUAAAGCACCAGUUUCAAUGGCAGCAAAACAGGCCCAGAACAUAAUACUACCACCACCAUGCUGGACAGUAGGUUUUGUGUUCAUGGGAUUAAAGGCCUCACCUUUUCUCCUUCAAACAAAUUGCUGGGUAUUGUGGCCAAUCAGCUAAAUUGUUCACAUCACACAGACAAAGAUAAGACCUUCUGGAGGAAAGGAAAGUUCUGCGGGCCGGAUUUUGGACGCUGGCUGGCCGGAUACGUAGUUUGGAGACCCCUGCUCGAGUAUACGCUGUACAAGUUUUGUAUUAUAGCCGACAAAGCAAAUCAGUGUGAUAUCCAAUAAUAUAGCUCAUUAUUAAUCUAGUUUAUUGUCACAAUAUGCUAAGAAGCUAUUAAACACAUGUCCCCCGGGACACACUUUGGACACCCCUGCUUUCUUUCACACGACGAUUUUUCUGCACUUUUUCCAAGUCCAAGCUGUAUAUAAAUAUUUAUGUAUUUGUGUAACAAGAGAGGGCGUGGCCAAGAAGUGUGCUGGUACAUCGAUGACGAUCAAAUGUUCAAAAAUCGAUUAUUUUCCAUGAUAAGUGAAAUCACAAAAAAUGUUGGUCGCCACGCAAAAAGCGGCCUGGAGCGUUUCAAAAGGCAAACUAUUGUAAUGUCAAACGUCGAUUUGACAACGUCUUUUGUCUACCACUUAUAUCUAUGAUCUACCAUUUAUAUGGCGUCUACCGUGUUGUUAAUGAAGACAAGCAGGUGGUCGAUCAACAAUUGCUUUAAUGCCGAACUGUACUGUCAUUGGAGUGUCAAAUGGGACAAAAUUGAAUAAAUAUUUAAAUACUUACUUAAAUGUGUCAUUAAUUAUGAUUGGGAUUAAUUACAUAUGUUAAUAAAUGUGUCCUUAAUUUA